AUGGCUCCCAAGGAGAUGAGACCUGACAGCGCGGAGACCUCAUUACACAAGCGCAGCUGUACAAGAUGCAAUCAAAGAAAGGUGAAAUGCAAUCGGAAAACUCCUUGUACUGCAUGUAUCAAGAACGGAGAAGAAUGCACCUUUCCUGGAGAUAAACGUGCACCACGGCAGUUAAAUCGACCUCCCGUUGGCGAGCUACUUGCGCGUCUCAAGGAGUUGGAAUCAGAGGUAGACAAACUGCGAUCGAACAACUCAAAUAUAGCUUACCGAGGGGAAUCUCUUUCGCAACCGAGGGACACUAUCCAGGAGUCUUUCCAAGUUCCUAACUUGAACGCGCUCAGUCUACCAGGCCAGUCCUGCAAUAUUCGCGAUGACUUCUCGUUAGAUGAAUUUCGCCUUCAAUAUCUUCAGCCUAGACAAAUCCAAAGACUAUGGCGUUUGCACGAAGUAAAUGUUGCCCCUCUCAUCGCCAUUCUUCAUCUUCCAUCCGCCCAAAGGAUAAUCAAUAACGCCAUGAAUGGCGUCGAGCUCGACGCUGCAAAUGAGUCACUAGUAUUCGCCAUCUGUUUCUCGGGGGUUAUCAGCACGGUACCAGGGCAAUGCCAGUUUGAAAUCGACCAUGAAUACGAAGUCGCAAGAAAAAACUACGAGAUCGCAUUUGAAAGAGCUCUUGACUUAGCGGAUAUACUCAAGGCUAAGAACGUUGUAAUUCUCCAAGCCGCGGUACUAUUCCUUCUCUGCUCUCGCGCAGGCGGAAACACAAGACUAGUCUGGGCGAAAACUGCUGUCAUUAUUCGGCUUGCUCAAAGCCUGCAGCUCCACAUAGAUGGAGAAAAGCUGGGCCUCAGCCCAUUCGAGACAGAAAUGCGCCGUCGGCUGUGGUGGUAUAUCUGCAUUCUCGAUAUGCUUUCCUCCGAGGAGCAGGCUGUGGAUACGCAAAUCAGACCCGGAAUGUUUGACACAAAAUAUCCGUCCAAUAUCAACGGACAAGAUCUCUUCCCUGAAAUGACUAGCCUUCCACCAGAAAGAGAAAUCUUUACUGAUAUCACACAUUGCAUCAUGUGUGUGACGGUUCUUAAUGAUGUGUACUGGUCUCCGACGAUACUCGAUAAGAGUGCUCAUAUUCCUCAGACGGACCAGGAACACAUAGUAACAAAAGUUGGCAAAAUGCUGCACGAUAAGUAUUUAAGCCAUUUUGAUCUGGAUGUGCCUUUGCAAUGGAUAUCUGCCACCAUUAUCCGUCUCCAGCUGGCAAGAGCAUGGCUACUUGUUCAAAAACCCUCCGAAGAGGUGUCAAGUUCAGGUUCACCCCGCAACGAUACAGCCUUUGAGACUGCCAUCGAGAGUGUGAAUUUUUCAUACUUGUUACAGACAAAUCCCGUCACCACGCAAUGGAUUUGGCUAUGCAAAAGUUACAAGCAAUGGUAUAUUAUGGCCUAUUUGCUUACAGAACUAUGUGCUCGUCCAUUAUGUGCCGAGACUGACCAUGCUUGGGAUGUCGUGACGAAGAUGCUGGUUCAGUGGCAACAGAGUGUGCAGCACCAUACUGCCUUUGAAAAACCAUUCGCCGAGCUGGUAGAGCGGACUGCUGCUGUGCGAGCCGCGAAACUGGCGAGCCAGCCUUCCAACCAAAAAGGAUCUGUCCGAGAUUUGCAAGAGGAUCCAUUCGGGGUUUCGGAAUUGGAAAUCAGCAUUGGUUGGCUACGUGAAUCUGGACUCUAG